UCGGCUCGGCUCGGCGCGGCCAUGGUGGAGCGGGGGGACGAGGCGCCGCUGCUCUUCUGGGCCGAGGGCCCGGCCGUGGGGGCGCCGCCGGCCGCGGCCGAUGCUGGAGGAGGCGGAGGUGGAGGUGGAGGAGGCGGCGGGCGGCGCCUGGCCGGCGGCUGGAGCGCGGCGCCGUGGGGCGGCGCGGAGGCGGCGGGGCCGCCGCGGGCGGAGGAGGACCCGGACCAGAUCGUGGCCGUCUUCGUGGUCACCUUCGACCCCCGCACGGGCAACAUGGUGGAAUGGUGUUUACCUCAAGAUAUCGAUUUGGAAGGCGUGGAAUUCAAAUCCAUGGCAAGCGGGUCCCACAAAAUCCAGUCAGAUUUCAUUUAUUUCCGGAAAGGGCUCUGUUUUGGCCUGGCCUGCUUUGCCAACAUGCCCGUGGAGAGCGAGUUAGAGCGUGGUGCCCGCAUGAAGUCCGUGGGGAUUCUGUCCCCUUCUUAUACCCUGCUCUAUAGGUACAUGCACUUCCUGGAGAAUCAGGUCAGACACCAGCUGGAGAUGCCAGGGCACUACUCCCAUCUAGAGGCAUUCUAUGAUGACAAGAAAGGAGUUCUCCCUGAUGGCAAGGGCACUGCCACAUCCCAGCAGCCUGUCCACUGGCUGCCGUCCAUCCACAGAUACAUGUACCCCGAGAUGAAGAUCACACACCCUGCUGGCUGUAUGUCUCAGUUCAUCAAAUUCUUUGGUGAGCAGAUUCUUGUCCUCUGGAAGUUUGCCCUGCUGCGCAAGCGCAUAUUGAUAUUUUCACCGCCCCCAGUUGGAGUUGUCUGCUACAGAGUGUAUUGCUGCUGUUGCCUUGCCAACGUUUCUCUACCUGGUCUUGGAGGAACUGUCCCGGAGUCCAAACCGUUCUUCUAUGUGAAUGUGGCAGACAUAGAAAUGCUGGAGACAGAAGUAUCGUAUGUGGCCUGUACAACAGAAAAGAUCUUUGAGGAGAAACGGGAUCUCUACGAUGUCUAUGUGGACAACCAGAAUGUGAAGACACAUCACGAGCAUUUGCAACCACUCCUGAAAAUUAACAAUGCUGACAAGGAGAAGUACCGACGGCUCAACGACCAGAGGCAGAUGUUAAUGUAUUCUCAAGAAGUGGGUGAGGAUUGUAGCUCGUGUGAAGAGGACCUUUUCAUCUUGUUUUUCAUGGAGCAGAACAACCGGAUAUUUCAGACCCUGAUGGAAGUGUCAGCCAGCCAGGACAAGACGCUGACAGCUGACCACGCACGAGGCAUGGGUCUGGAUCCCCAAGGGGAUCGAAGCUUCCUUAUGGACCUCCUGGAAGUGUAUGGCAUUGAUGUUAUGCUAGUCAUUGACAACCCCUGCUGCACUUAAACCAAGGCCCAGAGAGAUGGGGAACAAAGACAACUUUUUAAAGACUAUCUAUCAGACAUUGCUUAGGAGCAUCACUGGAACUCACCACAGCCACUGGACAGAUCUCAUUUUAUUUAAUAACUUUAUAUGGAAAGUAUUUAUAGUUUUACAACAAAAUGUGAUUUUAUUUUUACCACCUUGAUUUCCCCAAGAAGUACCUGCUUCAUUUUUUUUGUUGUUGUUGUUUUCAUCUCCCCUUCUUUCUCAGUUUUUUUUUUGUUUAGAUAGGACCAGUGGCACCUCUGCACCAACCCUCACGGGUGCCAGUGAUAGCUAAGUUUUGGCCUAGUCUGGAUGCCUGAGGGCUGAGGACUUCAGGAAAGCACUGUGUCUGAUGGGGACCAAUGUGAAAUGCUGUCGCUGAGCUCUCAAGACUUGAGUGGAAAAACCAUCCUACCAUUUCGUCUUCUACUUGGGGACUGAAGAGAGCUUCAGCACAGGCUGUUAGUUGCCCAGUCUCAUAAAACAUCUCCUGUCCCACCAUGCUUUUAGGUGGGGACAGUUAAACCAAUGAUAAAGAAUGGGACUCCUUUAAACACCCCUCAACCAGCUUUCAGCAGCUGAAUUGGAAUAAAGCCACCCUUCCUCAUCAACGGCAGAAGCAAUUCUGGGAUGAGGGGGUGCUACAGGAACUAAUGACUUUGCUUACCAGAGCGGCACGGUUUCACUUUCAGCACUGGAGGUGGUGUAAACUGUUAAAGACUACACCUACCUAUCUCUCGUCUGGAGAAGAGCACCAUCUCUACUUAAUCCCUCCUUCUGCUUCCUCUGGUUUUCAGUUGUAUUGAACCUGCUGCUUUGGAUUAAAAUCUUCAAACCAGCAAGACGGUCUCGCACUGAAGAGGGACCACCAUCACUGAGCCACUUUGCGGUCACUACGCUCUCCAGUCUCAGCUCAGAUGAAGCUGGGCAGGAUUGGGUUGAAUUAAGUAUAUUCCAACUAAUGGCACUAGCCCUUUCUUUGUAGCAGACAGUACUUGCCCUGCCUUUGAGUUAAUACUGCCUGCCAAUCCUUUGUCAAACAGCCUCCAGCACUGCCUGCCGCUGUCCUUGUCUUCGUUGUGAGACAGACAGCAGUAUGCGACCUUCCAGCUGGGACAACUUUACGGUUUGCAGGUGGCUCCCUUGGAGUUUGUUGUUCCUAACUGGCUGGAAGCACUGGUUAACAGCAAGCCUUUUUCUUCCUGAGCAGAGGAGCUGUAGAAUCAGAUGAAUAGCGUUCCUCAGUCUUUUACUGUGAAAAGAUAGGAUUCACCUGAUACAGGGCCAGUUUCCCUCCAGAAAGGCUAUGUCUGUAAAGGGUAAUCCCUUUGCCACGCAAAGUCCAAGAAUGGUACUGCGGCUUGUAGGUGUGACAUACUGCUUUGUCCAAAAUCCUCUGGCCAGUAGUAGCAUCAGCUUUAAGCUAACUGUUCUUCCUGAACUAUCACCAUGCCUACUUAGCUGCUGCUUCUACUGUAAGAGACUUCAGCACUUUGAAGCCUUUCUGCAGUUUGUAGAAAUGCAAACUGUAGUUGGUGUGUACAUUUACCAUAGCAUUUUUAUAGAAUGAGACAGCACCUGAACCACCAAAGUCUCACCUGCUGAUUCUAUUUAAAACAGGUAAAGUAAAUCUCCAGGAAGACCCCCUAUGGCUUUUCUCACUCGAGGAAGGAGGCUGGCAUUAUUCCUUGACAGCUAGCUGCAGCAAAGGGGUAAUUUUGCUUGCUCUGGAUUCAGAGGUUUUAGUGAAAUGUGGAAUCAGAGGCUUCACAAGAUUUAUUGCACAGUUCAUUGGUAUGAGCUUCAGCAUAUUAUGGUUUUGUGAUCUGUUUCUGAGUAGUUGCUUCCCUGCUUGCUUUUUCAGUGCUUUGAAUGUUUUCCUACAGGGCAAAACGUGCUGCUGCCUGUAUUGCCAGUUGCUCACAACUGUAACACGUUCAUCCUUAAAAGGUUAGGGAAAAAUAGAGAGAAAAAUGGGACCUGAACAUUGUGUAAUGGAAGGGUCAGUGUUUUUUUUUUUUUUUUUUUCCCCUUGAGGAAAGGCUUUGUUUUCAAAUUGAUGCUUCUGGUAUAAAAGCAACUCACAGUAUCCAAGCCUUCUAACUUCCACUUUAAUUUUAACAAGGUGUCUGCAGUGAAGACCCCUGGGAAAGUGUAGUGAACACCACAUUACUGUGACUUAACUUCCUUCAGAUAUUAAAAAAAACAAACAAACCUGAAACUAGUCUCUAGCAACUCUUCAUUUUCUAUGCAGUUUAGCUGUGAUCAGCUGUUAAUGACUUUCUGUUCUCCUUGAUAUCAGUAAUUCUUUUGCUGAACUGAGUAAGAACAAACCUUUAACAUGUCAUUGAGAUUUUACAGCCUCAGCAGUCAAGAGUUUUUCUAACAAACUGCAUUACAGCACCAUGUUCAGGAGCUGUCAGAACAUCAUGGCUACAAGACAGCACUGCUAGAACCCAUUGAGCAAACCCCCCUGAAUUUAUUAUUUAGCAUUUAUCUAACCUCUGCUUUUCAGAAACCAGGUCUUCGGUUGCUAGCAAAAGCAUGAAAGCAAGCAGAUUACUGUAAAAGUAACAUCCACAUUACAUCCCAGCUGGAUGGCUACAGCCUAUUUUGCUCUUCCUUGUAAAUCUGUUUCUCUACAGCCUUUCUUGGAAGGUGACUGCUACAAAAGUCAGGAAGUAUCCAGACAGAAAACAGAACAAAAAGACUUCUCUAUCCUAACCCUUUUUUUUUUUUUUUUUAAUUCUCUGCAAAUGAACUCUAUCAGCACUAUCUAUCUCUCUAACACUCUCUCUCUGUCCUUUUUAAAUAUAAUCAACAUUGCUUUUAUUGGUGUUGCAUGUGGAAAAUCCUUGAUAAAUGGGUACUGAAUAUAAAUGAAUGGCUACAGCUUGUCCCGUGAAGGCUUGUUUAGCAGGCUGUUUUUGGUUUCUAGCCUUUGAGCUAAUUUCACUGAAUGUUAUCUGUCCAGGAGCUAACUGUUAUACCUUGAAUGAAGUACAGCUUUUUAAAAUCCUCUCCUUGGAGCUUAACAGCUCUUUUUUUUUUUUGGAUACUAGCAGCUGGAAGGGAGUCAGCUAUUUGGUAUAUUUUGAAUUAAAAGCAGAAGGAAAGUGUGGCAUAAGGCAGGACAUUGCUGACUACUGCAAGAUCCUCUUCUUCAUUUGAAGUACUCUGCCUUUAUAGUGGUGCCUUUGAUUUCUUUGGUGUGAUGUCUCUGGUCUGUAGCUGGUGAUGACAGGCCAGGUUAAAUGGUUUUAGUAACCAUGUCUAUCCAGUGCUGUAGUAAACAGUCUGGUAUGUUUCUCUCUAACAUUUAGGCCAUAGUACAACCAUUACAGAUUCUCAAUUUGUACUUGCAUGGGUAUAAACAGGAGAGCAAGAGCUUCACAGUUGCAUCUUAAGUUGGACUAGACGUGUAAUCAAGUAAUGAAUUAUUACUACUUUACUCUGGAGUGGAAGGUAAAGCUCAAGAGAGAAAUAAAUGCCAGAUUUUUAAUGUCAAUAAGGGAUAUACUCUUCUAGACAUGUAAAUCAUGAGAAGAGUCUUCCCACUGCGAGUUUAGGCCAAGCAGCAUAGAGCUCAGCACAACUAACAAUGAUAAUGGAUACUAAGAGGGAGGUAUUUUCUUGAAUUACAGUUCAAAUUUGUCUUAGAGACAUGCUAAUACCCUCUUUUCUGGUAUAAAUGAAGUAGUUACUCCAAUGUAUAUUAGAGCUAAUGAUUCCAUCUGUCACAGGAGAUGAGUUCUCCUACCCAGCGUCCUUAAGGGCAAAAGAAAGUACUAUUACCUUUUCAAGAUAAAGUAGCUUACUGUACAGGCUUAUGCUGUAAAGCAGUGUUACUGUGACACUUCCUGCGUUUUAAGAACAGCCAAAAGCUAAUAGGCAAAAACCUAGGAGUAGCUGUGGACCUCUUGGUAACAGACUAUACAAAGGACAAGCAUGCUUUAACUUGGGAGGGGGAAAGGGAGUGGUUUCUGAAAUAGCGGGGCAGAAGUAUUCUGUCCUCCUGCAGAAGUCUACAUACAAAGCGUGCAUGCUAACCCAAAUUCUCUCAUCAUAGCUAUUUUUUUAAUCUCUUUCCCCAAAGAUAAUGGUCUAGUAGUGAUUGUGAGAGAUGACAACACGCAUCUUUUGCGAGGAACUGGAAUGUACCGACUUCAUGGAAUGAUGUCUGUCUAAACCAGAGGGUAAUAAAUGCCAGUGAACCAGGAUUUCAGAUCCUGGUUAAUGCAACAUGCCAUUCAAAUAGAAAUGUUUAAUUGUGGUUAAAAUAAACAGGUGCCUUGGGCUAGUCUAAUAUUAGGUUGUUAUCCUUCAUUUUUAUUUAUGUUAUAGUAUUUUAAGCCCUUCUAGAAUGUACUGUAAGUUGAAGCCAGAAUAAGUGUUCUCAUGGAGUGGGACUCCUCCUUACUGCCUUAGAGUUAAUAAAAAAAAAGUUGUUUGUCUUGCUGUCAGACAAAAAUAAGAAGAGAGUCCUUUCUUCAACCCCGUAGACAGUGGGUUCAGCCUCUGCUUAUUUCACGUUAUGAUUUGCUCACACCUUCCCCUUUGAAUGUUGCAAUUCAGGUAUCUACAACCACUCCAUACUGGAAAACCUCCAAAUUGUAAAGGAAGGGGAAAAAAAAUCACUUGAAUAAGCUAGUUAACUUACGUGGAUAUCAAUAUUUAAAUAUUGGCCCAUAUCUCAGACUUUCCUUGGUACUUUUACCAUCAGAACAGCAUUAGGAAUACCAGUUCUGAAAGGAGCUCUUAGUUACUCUUGAGCAAGGAAUCACACUGUGCAGGAGCCAUGUCUCUGAUGCUAGGGAAGGGAGAGAGUAAUUUUCCCCUUAAAAAUGGUCCAGGUGGACCAGAAGCUGGUUCUUAUCAUCAUGCCCCCCUUCAAACAGGCUGGCUAUCAUUAUAAGAGCUCUGAUGUUAUUUGCAUCUCGCAGAUGUGUGGUUGCUCCCAUAGGCCUGUGGCUGUGUAGUGAAACUGCUUACUAAAACAUGGGUAUUUUUAAAAAUAAUUAAAGCUUACCUUUUUGAAAUG